UUUUUGUAACCGGCUGUGUCGCAUUUCAACCCGCGCGUCACUUCCGUCCCCCUCUCUCGCGUCCAUCUUGCUCUCCGCGUGUGUUCGCUGCUAGCGUGCAGAUGAAAGAAACAAUAAUGAACCAGGAGAAAUUAGCCAAGCUGCAGGCGCAAGUCCGCAUCGGCGGAAAGGGAACCGCACGCAGAAAGAAGAAGGUUGUACACAGAACUGCCACCGCAGAUGACAAAAAACUGCAGUUCUCUCUGAAAAAAUUAGGAGUCAAUAACAUCUCUGGGAUUGAAGAGGUGAACAUGUUCACAAACCAGGGAACAGUGAUCCACUUCAACAACCCCAAAGUUCAGGCUUCACUGGCAGCCAACACCUUCACCAUCACAGGCCACGCUGAGACCAAGCAGCUCACAGAGAUGCUGCCCUCCAUUCUUAACCAGCUCGGUGCUGACAGCUUGACCAGUCUGAGAAAACUCGCUGAGGCCCUGCCCAAACAAGCAGGCGAUGGAAAGGCACCAAUGGCAGGAGGAGAGGACGAAGAUGACGAAGUUCCAGAUCUUGUGGAGAACUUCGACGAGGCUUCAAAGGAUGAGGCUAACUAACUUGAAGGGAGGACAGACGUUUAGAAUCUCCCGUCUCAGCUGGCUCACGUGGGACUCUUUUCCCCCAAACUUUUGGGCGAUUGUUUCCUUUUAUAAAUAUUUCAACCCCAACUUGUCCUGUUUGUCCUUUCGUGCACUGCUGUGUCCCCCUUGUGUCCAAGCUGAGAGUGAGAGAUUGUGUUUACCGUGCAAAGCUCCACAUGGAUGUCGUGUGAGUGUGUGCGGUCCGUGGGACGUCCGGCCUGUCUAUCUCCCUGUUACUGAGGCUCACUCCUUUUACGGCCUAGCUGAACCCAACAUCUGGAAAUAAACAUUUGCUAUUAAAUGCUUAUUAAAUACA